GUCAAGACAGGGAAUGAAUCCAUUCGAAUCGCCCGAUUGAAACGAGUGAACAAGCAAGCUCUCAGCAAAUAACAACAAACAGCAACAGAGUUCCACAGUUUGAUAACCACUACACAUAAAAGCCCAAACAAUGAUUGCGAAGCCAAGUCACUCCGAAGUCGACCGUUCCAAAGGCCGCCAGAGUCCAAGUCGUAAUAGUGGCAAUCAAAAGAAAACGAAAGUUGGGUCUCGGCUUCGAGCGAUGCGUCUCAAUCGAAAGCUAGUAUUAAUGCUGCACGAAUCGCUUCGAGCAGCGACGGCAAAAGAGGACGCUCUAGCAGCAGCAGCAGCGCCGUCGUCAAAAUUUUCGUUGCAACAUGUUGGACCACCUCCUCCAAGCCCAACGGCAUUUCCAAGGUUGCCUGACCCCGCCAUUCGCGUCGCUUAUGAAGCGAAGCUACAGGACCCCGGUACGCGCGUGGCGGACGAACAAGAGCACGAUGGAUUUGUCCUUGUCGGUAGCGAUAGCGAUGUCGACGAGAUGCAAGACUCUCAGCGAACUCCUUCCAUCAAGUUUCAACCCGUUGUUCAGGUUGUAGAGAUCCCCUCCCACGAAGACUACUGCGAAAGUGACCGCAAGAAGCAAUGGAACUCGAAGAAGCGCAUUCGCAAGGAAGCUCGCCGUAACAGGCUCGAGUACAAGGCCGACAGGUUUGAUUGGAGAAACUGCAAGGAAGAGGAAGAUAUGGUGGAGCUUUGCGACGGCAGCCUAGUGCAUCCGCAUACCUACGCAGCAAGACUUUCCGCUGCAGGAGACGAAAGCUGCCUCAGCAUGCGCACCAAGCUGGGUUUGCCCACGGUUGACAAGGUCACGACUAAAAGAAUGAUGUUGUGGCAACGCGAGUAAAGGGGCCCACCAGUCCAGUGCAAGGGGCUUCUUUGGAACAAGAGGAAAAGGACAGUAUCGUGCAAAUUUUGCGCUCUAUAAUAAAUCAAGGGAACGACAUCGCUUGUCGUUUGGCUGCACUGCAGAAGAUUGCCGCGUGGAAUCUAGGCUGCAUUCACUGAGCGAUGGCUAUAUUACAUAAAACUUAACUAGAAACACGCACUAUGG